UGAUUAGAAAUGUAAACAUUUUGACAAAUAAGUUUAAAAAAAUCUGGUACUUAGAAAACUUGGAUGUUUGACUUUGCUCGAGCUUUACAGAACACGAUUGAUUUAAAAAAAAAACGAACUGACCAAAUGUCAGUCCUGUCCUAUAUUGGAGAAGAUGUUUUAAGGAUAAGCAAAUGUUGAAACAGGAAGUUAAGACAAGGGAACGGCGAUCAUAUGAACAGACACCUAAUUAGCUGGUAUGGCAUGCGCAGAGUGUAGUUCCGGUGAUGUUGCAGAAUGGACGUGUUUGACAUGCAAUGUUAGUUUGCAUGAUAAAUGUAUACAGUGUCACAGAGGAGACACCGGAGAUAAGACUCAUACAAUCAUACCGGGAUUUGAUGCCUUGUUACAUAGCCCUGUGGUUUCAUCUACUGCAUCCAAACCAAGAAUCGACAAAAUUGUAGUCAGGGGACCCGGUGUGGCUCCAGAGGGUGUUAUAGGGGAAUUUGACCCUACCUUUUAUGUUAACACAUACGGGGCUGGACAGGGAAGUCUAGGCGUAAGGAUCAGGGGGCCAAAAGCUGCCUUUAAAGUAAAAAUGGAACCAGACAAAGAAAAAAGAACUACUAUGAUCUGUUCUUAUGAAGCAGAGGAGGCAGGUGAUUACGUCAUUACUGUCACGUGGUCUGAUAUAGAAGUGAGUGGAUCACCAUUUACAGUUCAUUUGGAAAACAAGGAAAUGUGAACAGAUUUACUCUCAGAGAACCACAGAAAGCAACAGGAUUCAUUGUAUGAAAAUACGUGUAAAUGUAAAAUCAGAAGACAACAUGUAUGGAAGACAACAUAAAUAUAUCUGUUUUAUUGUCUCUGUUAAACCAUUAUAAAACGACAGACUUGUUGAAUGUACAUUAAUAAGUCUGGUCUGUCUGUUCGAUUGUAUGUAUAAAUAUAUAUGUGCAAUGUAGUUUUUAAACUAAUGUUCCUUGUUCAUGUUGAGAAGUUACUACAUGUAAGUUACUAACUAUACACAUGUAUAGUAUUUAAGAUUUGCAUUUAUUUCAUGUAGUAUUUGUCAACAAUUCCUUUUGGUAUAUCAUCAAAUUUCUUGUGAUGUUAUGAUUUAAAGUCAUGCUGCCAUUUACACUUACAUAAAGUUUGAUGGUUAAUUUAACUAACGUGUAAACAGACUGACUGGGACAAAAAUGGACAGUCAUUAGCCACAUUGAUUUACUCAGUGUUUUUUUUUUUUUACUUUUUUGUUCUGUUUGUUUGUUUGUUUUUAACAGUAAAAUGUAGAUCCUGAAA